AUGCCGAUGGCUAACUUUCAUCCAAUGGUAGAUGAAAAUUUUGGAAAAAAUAACUCAAGACGAUUUGAAAUUGGAUCUUUCUUUAGAUGUAGAUCAAAUGAAUAUAUUUCUUUAAUCGCUACAUGCGAUGGAGUGAUAGACUGUUUUGAUGCAUCAGAUGAAUUAGGAUGUACUGAAAACAAAAAUGGUAAUACUUGCUCGAAACAUCAGUUCCAAUGUGACGAUGGUGAUUGUAUACAUAUCAGUCAAGUUUGUAACUUCAAGAAAGAUUGUAUCGACGGGUCUGAUGAAAAUUGCGAUUUUGAACAGUGUUCGGAUUUUACGGAAUACCAAUGCGGUAAUGGACUAUGCAUUCCACUGACGCAGCGCUGCGAUGCAGUUCAACAUUGUGCAGACGGAGCAGAUGAAGAAGCAUGUGAUAUAUGUCAACAUAACCUCGCCUUUCAUUGUGACUUUGGAAGAUGUAUACCCUUAAGGUUAAUUUGUGACGAGUAUCGACAUUGUGAAGACGGCACAGACGAAACUGAUUGUGUAAACAAAGUGUUUGAUUCAUGCCAAGAUGUCUGGGAUAGUGGUUAUAGAAAAUCUGGAUAUUAUAACGUUAUGGAUAACCAACGAAAGCUUCAGUGUUUAUUUGAUGAAAUGGACAAUAACACAAUCAAAACUGUUUUGAAUUAUGAUAUUUUGUUACGUCUUAUUAUCAUCAGCUUUUUUGAAUUUUAUCGUUUUGAAAUUUACGACAAUCCAACAACAUCGAGUGAAACAAACACGAAUUUCGUACUUUAUAACAAAGUUGAUACAAGCUGUAUUCUACAGAUCAAGCUAACGUGUGCACCACCUUAUGACAGUGUUGCGAGGUUCAACAACUCACUUCCACCUUGUUUUUGUUCAGUUUAUAAAUUAGAAAUACCCCGACGAAGUGGAGAUGAAAUGAGUAUAGAGAAAUGCAAAAUUUUGGCCAACAAUAAUUGGACAAUACAUCACGAUUAUCCUACAUACAAGGGUUCUGUUCCAGGAUAUACAGAUUUGAGUCAUAAUCAGUAUGUAAAUGUUCAUUCCCGACGGGCAAAACAAGAUGAAAUAUCUCAAACUGUACUAGGACCUGCCAUAUGUAGGGAAGAUUACAAAGUUGUAGAUGACAGGUUUCUUUGUGAUAUAAACGGGAAACAUAUUCCAAAAACCAUGAGAUGUAUCCAUGACAUUGACGAAACCGGCUUUCCUAUUGGUUGUAGAGAUGGAAGUCAUCUGAACAAUUGUGAGCACUAUAAAUGUCCUCGUGGUAUGGUCAAAUGUCCACAAAGCUACUGUAUUCCACAACGGUUUCUUUGUGACGGACAAAUACAUUGUCCUGGGACUGAAGAUGAAGACUUGUGUGGAUGUUCUCCGUCAAGAAAUGAAAUACUUAUCAUACAUGACGAAGAAAGUGCCGAUGGACCGGCUAUAUUUCAUUUUGCUCAGCAAUUUUCCACUUCAACAAAUAUUAUUCGUGUAUUAAGUUAUAAGGCAUCAACACCUCUCCAAGAUUAUGGAAUCAGUAACUUGGUGCUAAACGUUCAUGAUAAAGAAAUAAGCAGGGGUCAAGAUUUUGAAAAUUCGUUUAGCUGCCAGUACAGGAUAAUGGCAAAACAUCUCCUAGAGUCAGUUCACUUUACAAACGAUGGUGUGAAAGGUUUCAUUCUAAUUCAAACCAAUGGUAUUGCAGAAAAUGUCAAUAAAGAAAUCAUCCUUGACACAAAGUUCAUCUUGGAACAUGACGCAAAAGUUUACAGGGUGAUUGAAAAUUUCAAUGUUUCCAGUUAUUCCAAGACUACAAGCCUAAGAAAUGUUUUAGAUGUUUAUGUUAGAAGAUGGGAGAUUCUUAAUAGAAUUGGUGCCGAAUAUUUUAGCGAUAUAUGCAAUGUUACAACAAGAAUUCACUGCCCCUAUGGUUACAAAUGUGCUUGGAGUCAUGCUUGUUUAUUGAUAGAUCAAGUCUGUGACGGGAUUGUUCAUUGUAUCCAUGGUGACGAUGAGGCAAUUUGUGACUUUAAAUGUCCAGAUAAUUGCACAUGCCAUGGGUAUGUUGCUGAUUGCAGCAACACUGACUUUCAGUUAUUUUUAUUACAAACAGUACCAGGCACUGUCCGGUAUCUUGACUUUAGUUCUAACAAAAAUCUUAGUGCUAUCUUAGAGGAAUCUCAUUUAAAUUUAAAAGCUUUAAUUAUCUUGAAUCUUUCGCGUUGUGAUAUACAGCGUUUAACGUCAUAUGCGUUUAGAAGAAUCAAGAAUAUUCGCAAUUUAGAUCUCAGUUACAAUUUAAUAACACUUUUGCCAAAUUAUGUUUUUAGCAGCAUAAGGCAUCUCAAAAUCCUAAAUCUGCAAGGCAAUUAUCAGCUAUCAGUUAUCGAGAUGUAUGCCUUUGCUGGACUUGUCCAUGUUGAAGAACUGGACUUAGCUAACGCUAAACUGGAAACAAUUUUGGCAGACACGUUUUCAGGAAUGACUCUGAAAAGCUUAGACAUGUCAAAAAACGCACUGAAAAGGUUUGCAAAUUUUGCUUUCCGCGAUGCAUCUAUACAAUUCAUUAAUUUUAAAGAAAAUGAUCUAAGUUCGUUUGGUACAGAAAUAUUUACCGGACUUAUUGGUUUAGAGAAACUGAUCACCCCGGAUUUCAAAUACUGCUGUGUUCGACCGAACUAUGUUAAAGAAGAAAACUGUUAUCCUCAAAAAGACGAGUUUUCAUCCUGCGAUGACCUAAUGAGACAUUCUGUGCUACAGUUUUUGAUAUGGUUAGUAGGAAUCACUGCGUUUCUUGGAAAUAUUCUGACGAUUUUCUAUAGGCUGAAAUAUGACAGAAAGAGGUUAAAUCUUGGGUUUGGCAUAUUUGUAACAAACUUGGCAGUUGCCGAUUUUCUAAUGGCUAUAUAUCUCAUCAUAAUAGCUGUUGCUGAUUCUGUGUUUCGGAAAAGAUACAUGUUUAUGGACGACUUCUGGAGGCACAGUGUUUGGUGUAACCUUGCAGGAAUACUUUCAACUGUUUCUUCGGAAGCAAGCGUUUUAUUUCUGUGUCUUAUCACAAUGGAUAGGCUUUUGGUCAUCAAAUUUCCUUUUGGACAAGUUAAACUUUCUAAAGACAGAGCUGUCACAUGUGCUAUUUUCACGUGGUUAUUUUCAGCUACUGCAGCCAUACUUCCUGUUGCAUAUGAAGGAUAUUUUAAAAACGAAUUUUACUCAAAGUCUGGCGUUUGUAUUGCUUUACCGCUAACAAGAGAUCGUCCGCCUGGGUGGGUUUAUUCCUUAUCGGUCUUUGUUUGCCUGAAUUUCCUUACAUUUAUCUUGGUCGCAAUUGGACAGCUUUGGAUUUUUAUUGAAAUUCGCAAUUAUUCUGGAAUAGCAACCACUGUGGAAGCUUCAAGAAAAAGGGACCUAAAAAUUGCCAGGAAUCUUCUACUUGUUGUAGCAACGGAUUUUAUGUGCUGGUUCCCUAUUGGAGUUAUGGCAAUGUUCGCGCUGUCUGGUCACGUGAUAUCUGGAGAGGUAUAUGCAUGGGCAGCUGUAUUUAUAUUACCAGUCAACUCGGCUCUUAAUCCUAUUUUGUAUACUCUGAGCGCAAUCAUAGGAGGAAAAACAUUUAACCCUGUAACAGAUGAACAAUCAUUGAAAAAAACAUCAGAAGAAGUAGGAGAAAAAACGCUUAGAUGUUUAAAUGUCAGCCGUCGAUUCACUAAGUCGAUCCGUCAUUUUGAUUUUCAAGACAUAACUAAGAUUUCUCACGAUGUGGAAAUAUCAAGUGUGUCUGUCUUAUCUAUUUGCGUGAUAUUGACGCAAACAUUAGACUGGUUAGACUCUUGCUGUCUAGAUAUUAGGCUUUUGGACGAAGACUCUUUGUUUGUUGGUGUAAAAAACAACAAGCUGACAGGAUCGCUGAAAGUAAAAGCUGUACCGUUUAUUUCCUUUAAACCAGAGGAUAAAACUGAAAGGAUCAAAAGCCUAGGUAUGAUAAUGAAAGGUCUUUUAGCAGCAAAAGAAAGGCAACAGUUUUGUGGGAGUAGUUACCGUUUUUAGAGAGAAAUGAUUUGUUGAACUAGAUAUUUUUAGGUAAUUAUAACUCUAGAAAUCAUACAAGAACUUUACAAAUUACCACCACGAGAAAGGGAAUUGUUGUUUGACAUUCGAAUGGAAUAUGAAAAUUGCUGAAUAAAUUCUUUUAAAUAAAUGUAACACAGUAAAUUGAAGGAACUUCGAUACAAGCAAAUGUGACAUUGAAAAAGCAUGGUGACAUUUCAAAACUUCAUUAAUUACUGCCUGAACACUUUUGUAUUUAUGUUCAUCAUUACUAUAUUCGUAAGGUUGCAAUUUAAUUUGAAUGAAUGCAACCUCUCACUAUCAUAUGAACAGUUAAAAUUGUUGUUUUCUGGCUCGGACAUUUUAGUUAUUUGAUUUAAAACCUUAUUUCUAAUCGUUGUUGUUUAAAUACCCGUGGUAUAUUAAGCCCAGUGGUUGUUUUUUUUACAUUUUUUUUGUAUUUUAUUAUCGUUUUAUUAUAUGUAACAUUUUAUUAUGAAAUUUAACGGUUUGCUGAAAUAACACAAUCAACACUACUUUAACCGCUUAUGCUGCAAAAUUUGAUGGUUUGAAAUGCAUUGCGAUUUAAGACGUUACAAUCGUUUUAAUACGUUUUUUAAACAUGUUUUUUUUGCAAAUUAAUGUAUCAAAACAGAUUACAUAAUUAUUAGUUUAAUGUAAAACCAAUCUACUUUUUUUACAGACACUAUAUGUUACAAAAUACUAAAGCUUGAAAGCACCAUUAUCUGAAUAAGUGGCACUUUUACAAGAGUGAUUAUUAACAAAUAACACAUAGCCUUGAGGGCAAUGUGCAAGUUUACGGACUGAUUGGUCAGAUUGAGGAAGGUAUAUGGCCCGAAGCGCAGCUGAGGGACAUAUACCUUCCGAGGUCUGACAAACCAGUCUGUAAACUUUCAUUUUACCCGAAAGGCCAUGUUUUAUUUGUUAAAUUAUACCGAAUCUAAAUCCUUUCAUCCCUUUUGUUGCUGACAUUUUACUAUAAUUUACUUUCAAAUAAUAAUUUAUUUGUUCAGUGUGUGAAACAUUGAAAUAUUAUUAUUAUUUUCAAGCGAUACGGCAUAAAAAAAUCAUGCCCUUUUUUGUUAUUCAAUUUUUGUUAAUCAAAUUAAACAGGCAAAAAAACCCCGAACUUUCAGAUUUAAUAUGACGUCAUCCAGUCCAUAUAAGUAUUAUGGACUGCCCCCGGUCUGUAUUCGGUUUAUGGACCGGAUGACGUCAUAUUAAAUAUAGAGAGGCGUAUGCAAAUGAGGUAUAAUAUACACAUUUGUUACCCUAGUCUUUUAUAGUAACUGACAGGAGGAAAAUUUAAACAAAACACCCUAGAUGAUAUAUCAACAGUGCUUAUCUCCGUCUAAAGAAAAAAAAGAAAGGUAUGAAAAUAUUAAAACAUAAAAAAGUAAUAAAGUUUCCUUUUAAAAGGAAAGGCUUGCACAGUUGUGCCUUCAUCCCAACAUAUUUAGUUGUUUUUAGUUUUGUAAAAACGAAUAUUUUUGUCAAAACGAUUUGAAAUAUAUUCUCUAUUGUAUAAAACUAAUAAAGAAAAUAAUCAAUCGUAAAAAUACUAACGUGGAGAUCUAUCUAUCAUACUGAAAGGAAACAAGAGUGCACAUUUCAUUUCCACUUCAUUACGUGGCACCAAUUAAUAAGCAUGUUCACAGAUACGUUGCGCUAUCUAUAGAUCAUCACGUACGUUGUAAGGUUAAUGAUAUGCAUGGGCUAUUUUUAGAUUACCUCACCAAGUUCAGUAGAUCUAAAUAUAACUCGAUCAUGCACUAAUAUUCUGUGUGAUUUGGACCACCCUUUGAAGACGGAAUACUACUACAGUCAACAUCCUCUAUUGUAUAAAACUAAUACAGACAAAAAACAAUUAUAAAAGAAACUAACUUUUGCUUCUUGAAAAAGAAUUGAAACGGAACAAUAUCGUUUAUAAUUUAUUACGGUUUAAAUCAAUAAAUCAAGUAAAAAUACGAAUCCUAUUUAUAUAAACAAACUGGGAUUACCGAAGUAACUAAAAUAGCUUAGAUUUCCGUAAUAUUACUUCGUCUGAUUCCGCAGUAUGACAGAAUCGCCCGAAUUGUCACGAUUGCAAUCGGAACUACAUCGGCUUUUAUCAUUAAUCCGAAGAGUGACGGAAAAGGCCGAAAAGUUGCGAUUGGCACGAUUGCAGCUGGAUUCCCGUUCAAUCAUGCACUUACAAAUGAAAGCAGAAAACCACCUAACCGGAACAAGUUUUCCAAAUGAAAUGGCUUGCAGCCGUGGCUGCAAGCCAAAAACAUGUAAAAAAGAAUGGGACAAUUGAACACCUAACCUGUAACCGACAAAAAGAGAAAAUAAAUAAAAACAGCGAGAUACUGAUAGCUAAGCAAUGAUUCGAAUACAUUACUUUACACAAGUAAAUUCUUGAAAACUAUUAACAUAAGUGUCGUAUUGAAAUUAAAAGUAUAUUUAAUUAAUGUCGUAAAAUUGUUAGUGAAAUAUUUUUAUUGAUAGUUUUACUUAUAUUCAAACAACCAUAUAUUUUAAUUUAAGUAUCAUAUUUUUGUUUUAUUUAUUGUGUUUUAUCUAUUGUAUUGUAUUUUUCAAAUUAAUUUUCAUCAUGUAUACAGGUUCAGGUACAUUAUAACAAGCCAUUACUGUUGAACGCAACAAUUGUGCCCCCUUACAAUUCAUUUUUAUGAAUACCAGGCUAUUUAUCGACAGUUAGACCCUGAUUAUUUGUCCUAUAAUUAAUUGUUCAAUUUUACUUAUAAUUGAAACUUUGUAAUUGAGUUAAUACAACGGGAUGAUAAAUGCAAUCUAAUCAUGAAGGAAAUAGAGUAAUUUUCCUGUGUAAAUGUUUGUUGUUGUACAUUUUAAGAAACAAUCAUACAUGCUACUUCUGCCGACGAUCUGCACAAAUUGUUUUAUUUUCAAUUUAUUUACAGUAACACUCAUUUUGUAUAAUUUUUUUAAAAAAGCUAAUGAAUAUGUAAACUUAUAAUACAGACAGGUCAUUACUAAGUUAUAUGAUUAUUUACGUUAUAUUCAUGUGCUUGACUGAUAUAUGCGUUUAAUUUAAUUGAAUAGAACAGAAAAGAACCUAUUUUUUAUCAUUUUAUCAAGUUUUUUCCAAUAUAUAUUGUGUUGUACUAAUAAA